CACGACGGUGAGGAAGGCAGUCUUCUAGUGACUGCCAGAGCGUCUAGUUCUCUUACCUGUGGUUUUCAUUCCCGCUCAUAAGCCUUUCACUAUACAGGUUAAUUAAAACAUACCCGGAACACCAAUGUGAGUAACCAGAGCACCCACUAAGUAUACUUCCUCUACGGGUGUUUUAAGAUACCCUGACGAAGGAUGUUAGGUCAAGUGGCAGCAGCGAGUGGGGUAGUGGUGAUGAUGAUGAUGGUGGUGGUGGUGGGUAGUACUGAGGCGUGGUUCUCCUCCUCAUCCCUGUGUGACCUGCCUCAGUGCCAGUGCCUCAUCUCCCCCAGGGGUGCUGAUAUCUUCUGCAAGUGCCUUAAUGACGAGGACAUGACGAUCAGGACUUCGGAUCUGCCCACCAACGUGUUCAACUUGACGGUGGAGGGAUGUGCCACCGUGGGUAUGUCGGACUCCCUGGCGCCCCUGCCCCUGCAUUCCCUCACCUUCAGAGGCAUCAAAGACCUCAGGAUCCCCUCCCAAACCUUCCUGUACGGCCUCCGUCACCUGGCUGCCGUGGUCAUAGAGGACACAAAGAUCCCCGUUAUACCCAGCUUCAGCUUCAGCGCCCUGGAGAACAUCUUCAGUGUCGUCUUUCAGAAUGUAGAAAUAGGGAGUAUCUCCAGCGAUGCCUUCUCCGACCUGAGACAUCUUCGCUUCCUGAGAUUCAUUAAGUCUAGAAUCGGUGACAUAGAGCGUAAUGCCUUCGGUAGAGGGAAGAGUAAAAUAGCUAAUUUCAUCAUGGAAGACUCCAUCAUAGACACCAUUCAUGAAGGCGGUGUGUGGCUGGAUGAUGCAGACAUCGUGCAGAUUGACAAGUGUAAUGUCAAUAAAGUUGGCAAUAAUGCCAUCAGGCUCAACAAUGCAUUUUUCUUCUACUUGACGAGGAGCAGCCUUGGGAGUUACGAGCCUGGGGGCAUCAGUGGGAGGUACUUCAGUGGUGUCAUGAUCGACAACGACUACAUCAACCCCGUUGCUAUUGAUGGAGAGGAGCCGCGGCCACUGUUUGAUCUCCGCGAGUCUAGACGUCACGGGAGUGCUGUUGCGCCCUUUUUCCACUUCACGAGUAAUGUGCUCACAAAAGCUCUCCCCGGCCACGCCUUCUUCAUCACGAACCCGAUGAUAAAUGUAGCUGUACCCAACAACACUGUGGGGGAAUGUUCCUGCGAUGACUAUAGAAACUUCCUUCGAUCCCUGAAACCAAUCCUCGACGAUUACACCCUCACCGUCCACCAGGCACUGGUAGAGCACGGCAUCUGUCUGUUGAACUAUCAAAUUUUUAGUAUUGGCUGCCGUAAUCUGACUCCACCUUUGUUUGCUGGUAUUUUUCCUAAAAAUAUUCGGAACCCCUCACGAGAACUGGCUCUUAGAAUCACGACAAAAACAGCAGCAGAAACAGUCAGAGCGAGAACCACUACCAGAAAGGGCCAAAAGACACCACAAGGAACCACAGCUAAACCUCAUUUAUUCCAGACAGUAACACACUCACCCACCACAACCUCGUUCAGGGCCCCCUCGACUCCCAGAUCAGGUGUUACGACUACAACUGCAAAACCUUCAUUCAUACCCCACUUGGACCGCCUCACAGGACCUAAUGCGUCAGUCUUCCCACCUUCAAUCUUACAAUCCAAAACAGAGAAACCAUUGGCCACGGUUCUCCAUGUCCAGACACUGGCGGAAAGUUUGAGCAGUCUCGAUGCACAAGCUAUUUGGAAUGAGAUCUAUGGUGGGGUGUUUGCUCUCAGAUUACGCAAGCCCCUCCCAGAUAUGUUUCCCAACUCUCUACCAAGCAUGAAGUUUGGCAAGACGGUGAAACCUCUUGAACUACGGAGAAUACACGGAGGGAAGCCGACUGUUGUCUCGCCACGAUAAGACGCGUACACGAGACAACACCUGCUAUAUGGAGUAAUGUUUGAUAUAAUAUAAUAAAAAGUGUAUAUCAAUAUUAUAACUUAUGUGCCAUUCUUAGUUACAUACUCGGUGAUACACACAGUCAUGUUAACUCACAAUUGAACUUAAAAUUCAAAUAUAGAAACAUACAAUCUUCACGUAUACACUAAUAUGGCGUGCCAAUACACACGUCCACCAUCACAUUUUUACCAAACACACAAUAGUAAAUAAUGCUUACGGUAUUUAAUGUCAGGUUGGCUGUCCUGGGCUACAAUAGUUUUCCGGCAUUACCAUGUUACAGCCAUCCCCACGUUGGCCCACCUGUAGAUUACCGGGAACGGGUGCAGGUCUUGGAUAUCUUCUUAAUCUUGUUUAACUGAAGCGCUCAGAUGUUGCUGUUGUACCACAAGGGUCCUGGAGUCUUGUCGAGGCUUGUUCAACAUUCACAUAUGAAUGUAUACAAGCACACGUGUGGUGCAUAUGUACAGGCACAGACAUACACACGGAUGAUUACAAAUAUAACAGGAUACAAAUACGUUAAGUUUUCUAAAUGUUUCAAAUUUGUUUCCGGUUUUAAUCAUUUCAAAGGUUUAUAAUAUAUUGUAGAUGUAUCGAAAAAAUGUGCCAGUUAAUCAAUGCUGUGUGUUACGAAUGCCAUAAUUAAGAAAAAUGCUUGUUAAGAUAAUAUAGGACUUAAUACGUGAUGUAGAUAAAUCGGGGACUAAUCUAACGAACCUUAGUCGUGAUAGGCCCCAAUCUAACGUAACCUUGUAACAUUAGGGCCAACUUGUAAUGGGAUUCACUCUUAAGUGUUGUGUUGGGGCACACAUGACCUGCAACACACCAGAACACAAGAGUUGUAGCUUGUGUAAAUUUUGGAUUACACUGAUAAUCUUUGUGUUGCUUUUUAAGUACACUCAACACUUGGCAAAUGUUUAAGUUUUUGUUUAGCCUUAGUUUUGAUAUUCUGG